AUGGCGACUACUGCGAAACUACAAAAAGAUAAACCUCACGCUCCCCGGUUGACGCCCCGGCCGACGGCCGCGUCGGCGGCGCGUGCGGCCCGCAAUGCCACCAACCGCAACCUCAAUCUGCAGCCGUCCUUCAGGCAAUCGCCUGUUCGUAACACCGCUUCUCCUAACGCUAAGAACAAGAGCCCGCAGCCACGGCCUACACCUAAGAUCGAAGUAAUGGCUGAUGUAAAGGCGUCACCCAAAUAUGAAGGGACGUUACCUGAAGACGCUGGGGACAAUAAUAACAACAACUUAUCAAACAUGACCAUCGAGGAGACUUCAGAGCCGCCUAAUGUGAAUGACCAGGAUGACCUUGAGUCAUUUACUAACGACUCUUUCGAUGUCAAGAAUAGUGAACACAACGUGCAAGACAGUGACGUCAGAGACAUUGAAGAUCAAGAUUUAACAAUAUGCCGAAGUCGUCCCGAGACGCCGUCGCCGAGCAGCCGUCCUCUAACACCAAGAAGCGUGCAGUCUAGCCGGCCGCAGACGCCGCACCAGCCUACAAGACCAUCCACUCCCGCGCACCCUGCGCAGCGCAAGACCACCACCCCCACCAGCCGGCCCAACACCCCUCAGAAAACCUACCCCCCACCCACGCGCCCACAAACCCCCUCGGCUCUCCCAGUCCCCACCCCCACGAGAGUCCACACACCCAAUAUCGCUCCACCACCAGCUCUCAAAGAAGAAGAAGACAUUAAAACACUGUUCAAUACGAAACAGCGGCAAUUUAAUCGUAUGAAGAGGGAACUGGAUAUGAAACAACAAGCAAUAUUGGAAGUUUUCGAUGGUUUGCGCAAUCUAAACAAACGCAUGAGUCAAGAGGGCGAUGGCUGUGCGGAAGGUAUUCAGAUCCAGGAGUUAGUGGUGUUCAACGUUGGCGACUGGUCGUCGGAGGAGAUAGCUCAGCUAUGUCGAGACGCCACCGCUACCUCUUUCGAAAACAAUUCACUCGAAGUCUUCAAAAAUGUUGAACAAAUUGAUGAAAACUCUCUAGCAGAGUUAGGUGCGAAAGUUUCGAAGGUUCCUUCAAAGUUUGCCGAUCUAUGUAUCCAGGCGUUCACGGCGCGUCAAGAGCUCAUUGACUGGGUUAAGGAACUUGUUGGAGAAAUGGAGGAUGGGCGCGGUGAGUCGUUGGAUCGGAUUGCCCGAUAUAACGAUCAAGGGCUUGAGCUGUGUGAAGCAUUACGCGAGUUGAAGUCUUGUGCAGAUGAUGCUGUAGAUACCGUCACGGAAGUUUCAAGACGUGCCUGUCAAGAGCGAAGCACAUUGAUAUCCGUUGGCGAAACUUUGGUGCGCGAAAUAGCGCGCCUUCGAGAAGACCUAGAAGCACGCGCUGUUAUUGUCAACGAAAUGAGGGGAAUUCGUGCAGAAACUGAAACUGCUAAAUCAUUAGAGGAGACACGACAUCAAUUAGAAGAAGAACGCGUUGCUCGAUUAGCUACGAAAGAAAAGCUAGCGACGGCUGAGUCCCAACUCCGCCAAACGCGCAUUCGUGUAUCUAAAAUGGAUCGACAACUGCGUGAAGCUGAAGCCAGUAUUGCUAGUCUCACUGGCACCGUCAAGUCUCUUGAAGAUCAGAGCCGCCUACGAGAAGUACACUUAGAAGCUCGUGCGAGGAAGUUAAAAGAGUCCUUAAAGACUGGUGAAGUCGCCAGUAAUCAGAUAGCUCAACAGCGUGACAUGCUUCAGGCAGAAGUGCAAACUCUAAAAGAGCAAAUAGAAACAGCGACCGCCCAACACAAAGCAGCUAUACAGGAACUGAACAAAGAAAUAAAAGAAUUAAAAACAGCCCUAGAAGAGCAACGAAAAGUAACACAAAAUGAAAUGGAAGUACGAAAGGCUCUUGAAGAAAGUUUAGCGGAAAGUCAUAACAUCAUGGAAGAUCUUAAAGCGAAAAACACUGAGCUUGAAAACAGUAGGCCUAAUCCAGAACUUCCAACCGAAAGAGAAAUGGAUUUGUGGGCGGAGUUGCAAGCCACUAAGGAUACGCUACGGAUGACAGAGGACGAAGUAACAGCAUGCAAACGGGAGAAAGUCCGGUUCUUGGAAACUCUUACAAAAAUAUCUGAAUCGGAGAACAAAGUAGGCAUGCAACAGAAGCUGGCUGCCGAGCUUCUGAGCAAGGAGGAAAUAAUAGGCAAGAUGCAGAUACAGAUAAGAGAACUAACCAAAAACAUAAAACUGAACGAGCAGAAGGUGAUCCAGUAUGAACAGUACGUCCGCGACUUGCAAGCGCACAAUCGAGCAGUGGCCAACUGUCAAGUGGCUCCAAAUGGAAUCAGCUACCAGGACUUGCAGCAGGAGAUCAUGAAUCUAAGGAUGAGUUUGCUCGAAGCAGUCCACCGCAACGAAGAGCUUUCCGAAAUUCUGGCGCAAAAGGAGCAGCAACUUGAACAGCAAGACAAGACGUCACGUGCCCAGGCAAGGGUCAUCAAGGUACGGGAGGAACUGAUCAACAUGCUAAAGAAUAAGGAAACUGAGCAGAGCCGAGAGCUAUCAGCCCUGCAACAAGACCUUGAGCAUCGUAUGAAAAUAGUAGACGAAGUGAAUAAGCAAAUAGCUGCGAAAGCUGAAGAGAUUCAAGAGUUGUUUGCAACGUUGGAGAACAAACAGCAACAGAUCCACCGACUGGAGAAGAUUGUGCUAGCAUUGGAGGAGCAACAGCGGCGCGCGCAGGUGCAACGCACGCGCCACGAGAAGAAAAUCGCCGCUCUCGAGCACGAGCUCGCAGCUGGAAACCGGCGAGAACGAAAAUUCAUUUUCUUCUAA